UUUCUGUUAUUCAAGAAUCCUAUUUGUAAUAUUGCUGUUAUUACCAUGGAGGAAUCUGCAACUUCAAAAAGUGGCAAACUAAAUCAGUUCUUUGGCAACAAGUUGGUCCAUCCGUCAUUGAAGGAUGUUUCCUGCAAGGAAAGUUUUAUUGAUUGCUUCUUGAUGUUAUAUGACGAAUGCGUCCGUGACAGUUCCAGUUCUACGAGUGUUAGCCGAGAUGCUAUAAAAUACGUUAAUAAAUAUACUGAUGCUAUCGAUACUCUAAGAACCAUGUUCGUCAACAAGGAAGACUUUGAGGUCCAGCACAUCAUUGGUCGUGGCCACUUUGGAGAGGUACAAGUUGUUAAAGAAAAGAAUACAACAGAUAAUUAUUAUGCAAUGAAGGUUCUGAAAAAGAGUGAAACACUCUCUCAAGAUGAGAUCUGCUUCUUUAAUGAAGAAAGAGAUAUCAUGGCCAAAGCUAAUAGUUCAUGGUUGACUAAAUUAUUAUAUGCAUUUCAUGACGAUGACUUUCUCUAUCUGGUUAUGGAAUUUCAUCCUGGAGGCGAUCUGUUAUCUUUACUAAGCAGAUGCGAUAAUCGAUUAGAGGAAAGCGCAUGCCGUUUUUAUGCAGCUGAAUGUGUUUUAGCCAUCCAUAGCCUACAUAUGAUGGGUUAUGUUCAUAGAGACAUAAAGCCUGAUAAUAUCUUACUAGAUAGCUCAGGCCACGUUAAAUUAGCAGAUUUUGGCUCUGCUGCACGACUAUCUCCUAAUAAUACGGUACUUUCAAAAAUGCCAGUCGGAACACCAGAUUAUAUUGCUCCGGAGGUUUUAUCUGGCCUCGAAUAUGGUGGUACUUACGGUAUCGAAUGCGAUUGGUGGUCACUAGGAGUUAUGAUAUAUGAAAUGUUAUUCGGUCAAACUCCUUUUACCGGUGAUACCAUUAUAUCUACAUAUGGUCGUAUUAUGGGUUAUAAGGAUACUUUUAGCAUUCCACCACAUGUAUCUGUUAGCGAUAGCGCUAAGUUACUUCUUAAAGAAUUAAUUACUGAUCAGUCAGAACGAUUAGCCUACAAUGGCCUUGGUUGCCAUCCAUUUUUCGAUGGCAUUAAUUGGGCGACAUUGCGUAGUACUGUGCCACCUCAUGUACCAGAAUUGAAUGGAUAUGGGGAUAUUGCAUAUUUUGAUACUUUUGAUGAUGCAAGUAAUACUGCAGCUGAUUUUCAAACUGACCUACAGACACUGAAGAAACAGCUACCAUUUGCAGGCUUUACGUACAUAAAAGAUUUA